AUGCGAUCUACUUCAGUGUGGCGAUCACUGAGUCUUCUCCAGAGAGCACCUCUCAGGUGCAGCUCGAGUCGCCGAGGUUUCCAGACUGCAAGCAAACCCCGCAUCCCGAACUUCGCUUUUGCCUUUGAUAUUGAUGGCGUUCUCCUCCGAGCCUCGAAGCCUAUCCCUGGCGCUGCCGAGUCAUUGGGCCUUUUGAAAGAGCAAGGCAUUCCAUUUAUCCUCCUCACCAACGGUGGAGGUAAGCACGAGACGGAACGCGUCGCGGAGAUUAGCGAGAAGUUGAACGUGCCACUGGACCCGACACAUAUUAUCCAAAGCCAUUCGCCCUUUGCAGAGCUGGUAAAAGGCGUGGAUGAAGCGAGUGCGUUGGAACAUAAAUGCGUGUUGGUAACCGGCGGCGAUGGCGAUAGCUGUCGGCGUGUUGCGGAACAAUACGGUUUCAAGAAUGUCGUGACUCCAGCAGAUAUCUUCAUGGCCAAUCCAUCUAUCUGGCCCUUUUCGAAGAAUUUCAAAGACUAUUACAAGACCUUCGCCCGGCCUCUUCCCAAGUCGCUGGACCCCACGGAUCCCACAAAAGGUCUUAAGAUUGACGCUAUCUUCGUGUUCAAUGAUCCUCGGGACUGGGCUCUCGACACGCAGGUGAUUAUGGACUUUUUGCUUUCCUCGAACGGAAUUAUGGGUACUUUGUCGGAGAAGAACGGCCGGUCCGACCUUCCCAACCACGGGUAUCAGCAGGAUGGACAGCCACACCUCUACUUCUCCAAUCCGGAUCUUUGGUGGGCAGCUGCCUAUCACCUCCCUCGUCUCGGCCAAGGAGGCUUCCGAGAGGCACUCGAAGGUGUUUGGGCUGCGACGACGGGAGGCCCCAGCAAAGGUAUUGAGUUGAAGAAGACUGUGAUUGGCAAGCCUCACCAGCCGACAUAUGAGUUUGCCGAGCGACAACUACUUCGGAAUCGUGCCAGAACUUUUGGUGAUACAACAGACCUGCCGCCUUUGCAGCGAGUUUACAUGGUCGGAGAUAAUCCCGAGUCAGAUAUUCGGGGUGCAAACUCCUACCGCAGUGAGGUUGGUAGCAGCUGGCAGUCCAUUUUGGUGCGGACUGGUGUCUAUAGUGGUGGUGAGCCCGCUUGGACUCCACGGGUCAUUGCGGAUGAUGUUCACAAGGCAGUGCAGUGGGCGCUGAAGGCUUCCAAGUGGACUUAG